CCUGCGCGCGCAGAUCUGACUCACGACGACGCGCUUCAUCCUGCGCACAUUCAUCCCUCACAAGAACAGCGGACUCCAGCCAUGGCAGAAUCGGAGACGCGUCAGAGGCUGCUGCGCAACGUCAAGAAGGAGGUCAAGCAGAUCAUGGAGGAGGCCGUGACACGCAAGUUUGUGCAUGAAGACAGCAGUCGCAUAUUCUCUUUCUGCGGUGUGGUGGAAGCGUGUGUUCUUCAUGGGCUGAAGCGACGGGCCGCUGGAUUCCUGCGCAGCAACAAGCUGGCGGCUCUCUUCAUGAAGAUGGGGAAGAUGUUUCCACCGGCCGAGGAACUCUGCAGGAAAGUUCAGGAACUGGAGCAAAUCAUCGAGAACAAACAGAACCAGGGUCAGACGAGUCAAGAGAGCGUCCGGAAACCUUCCCGCUCUCUAAACCUGUCUCCGCUGGCCAUCAAACACCUGUGGAUCCGCACGGCCCUCACAGAGAAGCUCCUGGACAAAAUCCUCCUGUAUCUGGUGGAGAACAGCAGCAAGUUUUAUGAAAGAGAAGCACUGCUGAGAGAUCCAGUCGACGGCCCAAUCCUCGCAUCUUUGCUUGUCGGUCCCUGUGCUCUGGAGUACACAAAAGCCAAGACGGCCAAUCAUUUCUGGACAGACCCCUCGGCUGAUGAACUGGUGCAGAGACACCGCAUCCACAGCGGACACUGCCGGCAGGAUUCCCCCACCAAACGCCCGGCGCUCAUCCAGAAGAGGCAGUCGAGCGGCAGCAUGGACGACCGGCCGUCUCUGUGGGCGCGGGAUUAUGUCGAAUCUCUUCAUCAGAACUCCAGAGCCACUCUGCUCUUCGGGAAAAACAACGUCCUGGUGCAGCCGACAGACGACAUGGAAGCAAUCCCAGGAUACCUGUCUCUUCACCAGACGGCCGAUCUGAUGACGCUUAAGUGGACACCGAACCAGCUGAUGAAUGGAAACAUGGGGGAGCCUGAUUACGAGAAAAGUGUAUAUUGGGAUUACGCCAUGGCCAUUCGUCUGGAGGAAAUCGUCUAUUUGCACUGCCAUCAGCACGUGGACAGUGGAGGGACUGUGGUUUUGGUCAGUCAGGACGGGAUCCAGAGGCCUCCGUUUCGCUUUCCUAAAGGCGGUCACCUGCUUCAGUUCCUCACGUGUCUGGAGACGGGCCUCCUUCCUCACGGACAGCUGGAUCCUCCGCUCUGGUCCCAAAGAGGAAAGGGAAAAGUGUUUCCAAAACUGCGUAAAAGAAGCCCACAUGAAUCCAGCGAGUCGUUCUCGGACAAAGAUGAAGACGAGGCCACAGAUUAUGUGUUUCGGAUCAUAUAUCCUGGCAGUCAGGAGUUUGUGGGACCGGAGCUGAUGGAUCAGACGGUGAACAUGUGGCAGCCCACGCCCAGGCAGUCGUCUUGUCCUUCCUGUUCACAGAAUGGCUCUUCAGACGGUGGCCUUCCCAACGGAUGCAACCAUGACAGGGCUCCGCUGAAGCUGCUCUGCGAGACCAUGAAGCACCAGAUCAUCUCUCGAGCUUUCUACGGCUGGCUGGCGUACUGCCGUCACCUGUCCACCGUCCGCACGCACCUGUCUGCUCUGGUGAACCCCACCAUCAUUGAGCCUGACAUCCCUUAUGAUGCCAGAGACGGUCUGUCCACAGAAGUGUGGAAGAGCUUUCUACAGGACAGCACUGCGUUCGAGGAGGAGGAGCUGCUUCGGCUGGUGUAUUAUGGUGGUGUGGAUCCAUCUCUGCGUAAAGAGGUCUGGCCCUUCCUUCUGGGCCACUAUCACUUCAGCAUGAGCCUCACAGAGCGCAAAGAGGUGGAUGAGCAGGUUCGAGCCUGUUAUGAGCAGACCAUGAGCGAGUGGCUGGGAUGUGAAGCCAUCGUGCGUCAGCGGGAGAAGGAGCAGCACGCAGCCGCUCUGGCCAAAUGUGCGUCAGGCGCCAGCGGGGACCACGGCUCACGCCAGGACUCCACCAUCAGCACAGAUUCAUCUCAGAGCAGCAGCUCCGAGAAACAGAGUCACGCCGGAUCACACAGCGACUCCAACAGCAGCACUCAGGUGUUCGGCUCUGUAGACGAGGUGGACCCGAUCGAAUCAGAGCCCAAACCCAAAGACGAGAAGCCACAGCCCAAAAUCCCAAACGGCACUCUGCCCAAUUGCACCAGUUCUCCAGACUCCGGACACCCUUCAUCCCGUAACUUCUCCGUGACCUCGGCCCUCUCAGACUGCUCUCCGAGCACAGAGGAGACAUCCACGCAAGAGUCAGGGUCCAAAACCGCAGGCCAAAAGCCACCGUCAGGAGACCAGACAGAAGAGAAGACCAAAGAGGAGCGAGCGGAAAACAGCUCCACUACUCAGGACACGGUCAAAGAAGAUGCUGAGGUUUCACAAACAGAGAGCCUUGCUUCAGAAGCUGCAAUAAAGCCUCUAGAAAGUGACAAACCCCAGACUUUGAAUUCAGAAGACGGCAAACCCCAGACUUUGAAUUCAGAAGAAGAAAAACACCAGACUUUGGAUUCCCAGACUUUGAAUUCAGAAGACGACAAACCCCAGACUUUGAAUUCAGAAGAAGAAAAACGCAAGACUUUGGAUUCAGAACAUGAACAACUACAGACUUUGGAUUCCCAGACUUUGAAUUCAAAAGAAGAAAAACACCAGACUUUGGAUUCCCAGACUUUGAAUUCAGAAGAAGACAAACUCCAGACUUUGAAUUCAGAAGACGACAAACCCCAGACUUUGAAUUCAGAAGAAGAAAAACGCAAGACUUUGGAUUCAGAACAUGAACAACUACAGACUUUGGAUUCCCAGACUUUGAAUUCAAAAGAAGAAAAACCCCAGACUUUGGAUUCACAGACUUUGAAUUCAGAAGAAGACAAACUCCAGACUUUGAAUUCAAAAGACGACAAACCCCAGACUUUGAAUUCAGAAGAAGAAAAACGCAAGACUUUGGAUUCAGAACAAGAACAGCUACAGACUUUGGAUUCCCAGACUUUGAAUUCAAAAGAAGACAAACUCAAGACUCUGAAUUCAGAAGAAGACAAACUCAAGACUCUGAAUUCAGAAGAAGACAAACUCAAGACUCUGAAUUCAGAAGAAGACAAACUCCAGACUUUGAAUUCAGAAGAAGACAAACUCCAGACUUUGAAUUCAGAAGAAGACAAGCUCCAGACUUUGAAUUCAGAAACAUCCAAGACAGUAACACAGGAGGUGGCAGAUUCAGAGGAUGAUGCAAACUCAAAAAACACAGCUGAUGUGUCUCAAAGAGAAACUAAAAUGCAAAACAAUGCUGGAAAAUCUGAAGAAAAUGACAUGAAUGAAUCGCAACAGGAUCCUAUUGAAGAAACAACCAAAUCUUCAGAAUCUAAAGAGGUUGAGAUUGAAGAUCCAGGACAUGCGUCUUCUCCGUCUGGAGAAGAAAACACAAAAUCAAAAGCAGACCCAGAAACGUAUUUGAAAAUGGAUGAAGGUCAAUACGCCAAAUCUGAUCCACAGCCGUCAUUGGAUAUUACGAAAAUCUCUCAAACGGAUGAAAAUAAACUUGAAUGUUCAUCUGAAGCACAGAAUGUGAUACAAACUCUGAAUGAAGCCAUCAGUGCACCCCAAACGAUUGACUGGGACGCCGGGCGAUCCAUAAUCAAACAGAUCACCGAUCCAGAGUCUUCCCUAUCCAAACAAUCUCCGGACAUGUCCGACGACUCGCCCUCGGCACUAGAAAUGGAGGAUAUUGCAUCGUCUGUGGUUUAUAUGUCCUCGGAGAGCAGCGUUUGCAGGACUCCUCUGACUCUGGCUCGUCCCAUGGCGCCGGAGAAGAUAGUCGUGGGAAUGCCGGCUCUGGAGCUCUGCAUGGAGCCGAGCAUCAACACCAGUCCGGAGGGAACAGACUCGGCUCUCUCUGAGGAGGAACCGGAAAUGGACAACUCAUUCCCCAAGCCAGACUCUCUAGCCGUCACAGGAGACAAGAACGACAUUGUGUCUCCAGUCUCAUCUAUCGGGACCACCUACUCGCAGGAGCAGGUUGACCUUUACACACUUAAUCUGCACCGCAUUGACAAAGACGUCCAGCGAUGUGACAGAAACUACUGGUAUUUCACCCCAGACAACCUGGAAAAACUGCGCAACAUCAUGUGCAGUUAUGUUUGGCAGCACCUUGAUAUUGGAUAUGUCCAGGGAAUGUGUGACUUACUAGCGCCCCUGCUGGUCAUCCUGGAUGAUGAGGCCAUGGCCUUCAGCUGCUUCACUGAGCUCAUGAAACGAAUGAACCAGAACUUCCCUCACGGAGGAGCCAUGGACACACACUUCGCCAACAUGCGCUCCCUCAUCCAGAUUCUGGAUGCCGAGCUGUUCGAGCUGAUGCAGCAGAACGGUGAUUACACACACUUCUACUUCUGCUAUCGCUGGUUCCUCCUGGACUUCAAGAGAGAAAUGGUGUACGAUGACGUGUUCUCGGUGUGGGAGACCAUCUGGGCCGCGCGUUACGCCUCCUCGGAGCACUUCGUGCUGUUUAUCGCACUGGCGCUGGUGGAGCUGUACCGAAACAUCAUCCUGGAGAACAACAUGGACUUCACCGACAUCAUCAAGUUCUUCAAUGAAAUGGCGGAGCAUCACGACGUCCCGAAGCUGCUGCUCAUGGCCCGAGAGCUGGUGCACAAGGUCCAGAUCCUGAUCGAGAACAAGUGAACCCACUUCCUUUAGCAAUCUGAAGACGCUCCGUGUCAGUAAACUAACCCUCAGCUCAAACAAAUGCCAAACUAGUGUUGCUUUCAUCUGCCCAGACUUAAUAUUAUUGUAUUAUUCGAUUCAUUUAUAGCGAAUGCAUAGUGAAAUAGGAAGUUGUGAGAGUAAACGUGACUGCGAAUAGAAAAGAGAUGAAGAGAGAUAUUAUAAAAAUAAUAAAUAAUGUAGGAUGCUCUGAGAAUAGUUUUAUACGAGGUCGUGGAUGGCUAUGAAAUAUAUAAAGAUGAUCUAUGAAUGGCAGGGAUGGCGUGCACCCUUUCUAAAACUAGAGGUUUUCUAAAAGCACAAAGUAUUCAAAUUAAUGCUGUAUAUUUAUUUAUUUUUUUAAAUGUGUGAAAAUUAAGACAUGAAUCAUUACUGUGGAUGUUUAGCAUACUUCACACGUCACUUCGUGAUGUUUGCACAGAAGAAGAGACGGCACCUGUUUGCGCCUGGGGAGAAAGUGAUUUUCUUUGUCAUUUUCAGCUGAUUGGGAGAAUCUCGAAUCAUAUUUCACCUCUAAAUACAAAGGAAAAAAUUGGAAAAUAUAAAUGCAUUAUAUUUUUAGGACCAUUAACAUGUUUAAAUAUUUGUGAAAAUUUAAUACAUCAUUAUUGUAAACCGUUUUUUAUUUAUUUUUUUAUUUAAAUUAAUUAAAAUAUGUAAAAUAAAUACUACAGUGAUGUGUGUGUGUGUGUG